AAACUCGAGACCAGAAGAGAAAAAAAAAAAGUUGCUAUUCUUCUUACAAGUCUCUCUCUCUCUCUCCAUGUCCGGGCGCAUCGGUUUUUGAAAACCAUAUUGAUGCGGACCUUAAUCAAUCUCUAACACACCACCUGUUCUACGUCUUCUUUCGUAUCUCUGCAUUUUUUCAUCUUUUCCACUACAUCUAUGGCUGCCGAGUCCUCUAACCCUCGCACCGUCGAAGAGAUCUUCAAGGAUUUUAGCGGUCGUCGCUCUGGUUUUCUUAAAGCUCUCUCCGUAGAUGUUGACAAGUUCUAUUCUUUAUGCGAUCCGGAAAUGGAGAAUCUGUGUUUGUACGGACACCCGAAUGGGACAUGGGAAGUGAAUCUCCCAGCGGAGGAAGUGCCUCCUGAGCUUCCCGAGCCAGCGCUUGGAAUCAACUUCGCAAGAGAUGGUAUGCAGCGUAAAGAUUGGCUCUCCUUAGUUGCUGUCCACAGUGAUUGUUGGUUACUCUCUGUUUCUUCCUACUUUGGUGCUCGCCUUAAUCGCAACGAGAGGAAACGCCUAUUCAGUCUGAUCAACGAUCUCCCAACUCUCUUUGAAGUAGUGACUGGUAGGAAGCCCACCAAAGAUAAACCAAGCAUGGAUCUCGGAAGCAAAUCCAAAAAUGGUGUAAAGAGAUCAAUUGAAGGGCAGACGAAGAGCACACCGAAAUUGAUGGAAGAGAGCUACGAAGACGAGGAAGACGAGCAUGGAGACACGCUCUGUGGGAGCUGUGGAGGAAACUACACAAACGACGAGUUCUGGAUAUGCUGCGAUGUGUGUGAACGUUGGUACCAUGGGAAGUGUGUGAAGAUAACACCGGCCAAAGCAGAAGGCAUCAAGCAGUACAAAUGCCCUUCUUGCUGCUCUAAGAAAGGAAGACAGUGAGUGAGUCAUCUUUCUCCUUUGCACUGGUUUCAUCAUCCAUAUAUCUUACUCUCUUUUCUUUUUCUUCUGUUAUUGCAAAAACAUCCUUUUUUUUUUUAAUUUAUGAACACAUAACUAUUAUCGGUGUUAGAUUCCCUAAGAAAAGAGGGUUUAUAAAUUAGUAGUGGGAGAGGGAGGGAGCCAAAGAGAGACAUGAGCCGUUUAGAAAGCUUUUGAUCAAAAUACGCCUUGUGUUGUUUGUAUAUGUAGUGACUCUACUUUCAUCUUUUGAAUGUGUAAUCAUGUUUAGGAUAUUAAAGAAUUCUUAUGUAAGAUUUUGAUCUUCGUAAUCUCUAUGGUAAUUUUAACUUU